UCACAUGAAAGAUGCAAUAAUUUAUGUUACUCACAUUGGUGUCUAUAAAUUAAGAAUAAACCGUAGCUCUGUACUCUAUCCACAAUUGAAUCUAAUGAAAGGGAAAGCUAUGGCACCACACUCUAGUGUUGUUUCUUCUUCAUCUCUUCUCUCAAUGUUUCUUAUUUUCACUUUGCUUCAAUCAUCACUACUCGAAGCCACUGAAAAAAAGACAUAUAUUGUGUACAUGGGAACACAUUCCCAUGGUCUGAACCCUUCCUCAGAUGCUCUUGAAAUGGCCACAAAAUCUCAUCACAGCCUUCUUGGAUCUUACUUGGGAAGUGAGGAAAAGGCAAAGGAUGCCAUCAUUUACUCGUAUAAUAGACAUAUUAAUGGCUUUGCAGCAAUUCUUGAUGAAGUAGAAGCUGCAGAAAUUCGAAAGCAUCGAGAUGUGAUAUCGGUUUUCUUGAGCAAAAAGGUGAAACCAGCCACAACUCGUUCAUGGAAGUUUCUUGGAUUGGAAAGAUAUAACGAAGUCGUUCCUUCUCAAUCUAUUUGGAAAAAGGCACGCUUUGGUGAAGAUGUAAUUAUUGGAAACUUGGACAGUGUUGUUUGGCCUGAAUCAAAGAGCUUCAGUGAGUAUGAAGGGAUUGGACCUGUCCCAUCAAAAUGGCGUGGAAGUUGUCAACCAACCAUUGGAGAUAAAAUUCAUUGCAAUAGGAAGCUAAUUGGAGCAAAGUACUUUAACAAAGGGAUUCUGUCAUAUCUAAAGAUGUCCAGCGACACUACCAUCCCACCCUCUACACAUAACCAAAACUUUUUCACUAGUCGGGACAUUAGUGGGCAUGGGACUCAUACUCUUUCCACAGCUGGGGGUAGUGUUGUCCAUGGAGCUAAUAUUUUGGGAUUUGGAAAUGGCACUGCAAAGGGUGGUUCUCCAAAAGCUCGUGUGGCUCCUUACAAAGUUCUAUGGCCUGAGGGUGACGGUGCUGACAUAUUGGCAGCAUUUGAAGCUGCAAUAACUGAUGGCGUGGACGUUCUUUCUCUCUCUCUUGGUUUCCCUGCAAGUGAUUUUUUUGAUGAUCCCAUUUCAAUUGGUAGCUUUCAUGCGACUAUGGAAAACAUUGUUGUGGUUGCCGCGGCUGGAAACGAGGGACCUGAUCCUAAGACUGUAGGUAAUGUUUCACCGUGGAUAUUAACUGUGGCAGCAAGUACAAUUGAUCGUGAGUUCAAUAGUUACGUAACUCUUGGGAACAAAAAAAAACUUAAGGGAGCAAGCCUUUCAUCAAGUAGCUUGCCUUCUCAAAAGUUUUAUCCAUUGAUCAAUGGUGCAGAUGCUAGAGUUGCUGAAGUAAAUCCUCUAAAAGCUACAUUUUGCCGUCCUAAUAGUCUUGAUCCAAAUAAGGUGAAGGGAAAGAUCUUGAUUUGUGUAGCUGGGGAUGAGAUUAGUCCCUCUAACAAGAGUCACCAAGCUCAUCUUGCUGGCGCUGUUGGAAUGAUUAUAAUUAAUCAUAUUCUUAUUAACGACACAGAAGCUGAGACCUAUGUUCUUCCUACAUCUCAUCUCAAUGCCACAGAGGGAACUUUUGUAUAUGAAUACCUCAACACUACUAAGAACCCUAUAGCUUACAUAUCUCCGGCAAAGACUGAAGUGGAAGUAAAACCAUCACCAAUUAUGGCUUCAUUCUCAUCAAGAGGACCAAAUCCCAUAGAGCCAGCUUUGCUCAAGCCAGAUAUCACAGCUCCUGGAGUGUAUAUUCUUGCUGCAUUCACAGAAGCUGUUGGACCAACUAAACUAACAUUUGAUAAACGUCGAGUCCCAUUCAAUAUAAUUUCUGGAACUUCGAUGGCAUGCCCUCAUGUUUCUGGGAUUGCUGGUCUUCUAAAAACCCUUCAUCCAGAUUGGAGUCCAGCUGCGAUUUAUUCAGCUAUCAUGACUACAGCAAGAGUACAAGAUAGCAACAAGGGGCCAUUGUUGGAUUGGAACAAGAAAAAAGCGUCACCUUUUGAAUAUGGUUCAGGCCAUGUGCAACCAAAUCGAGCUAUGGACCCUGGACUUGUCUAUGACCGAACUAUUGAAGAUUAUGUGGACUUUUUAUGUGCUCAUGGCAUUGAUGAAACAUUGCUUGAAAAAUUUACUAAGAAGCCAUAUAAUAAAUGUCCCACCUCAUUUAAUCUAGCUAACUUCAACUAUCCUUCCAUUGUGGUUAAUAAUCUUAGCUCACAAUCAGUGAUAAUUACUAGAAAAGUUAAGAAUGUUGGCUCCCCAGGUACUUACAAGGCAUAUGUGAGGGCCCCAAAUGGAGUUUCUAUCUAUGUUAAGCCCACAAGCUUGAAAUUUAGCAAAAUUGGUGAGGAAAAGAAAUUUGAGAUUAUUUUGAGGCCAAAGGUUGUUGGGAAGCCUAAAAACUAUGUGUUUGGACAGUUGAAAUGGUCAGAUGGGAAGCACUACGUUAGGAGUCCCAUAGUAGUCAAGUACUAGAAGAUAACAGAAGUGUAUGUACAAUAUUUUGAUAAUAUUCAAGUACUUUAUCUAUAAAGUACAUGCAGUUUUAUAUAUUUAUGGAUGCUAGAAAUGUACCACCAAUAAAAAAUUUAAUAAUAUUAUUGGAGUGAUCAUGAUUUAUGUAAA